UCGGGUCGCAAAGAUGGCGUCUUCUGCCUCCGCUCGGCCUGAGGCGGGGAAACGAGUGGUUAAUCAGGACGAACUGCGGCGGUUGAUGAAGGAGAAGCAGCGUCUGAGCACCAACCGUAAACGGAUAGAAUCUCCAUUCGCGAAGUACAACCGCUUGGGGCAGCUGAGUUGUGCCCUGUGUAACACCCCGGUUAAGAGCGAGCUCCUGUGGCAGACUCACGUCCUGGGAAAGCAGCACCGAGAGAAAGUGGCCGAGCUGAAAGGCGCGAAGGAAGCCGCCCAGGGACCGUCCGCCAGCGCAGUGCCUCAGUCCGCCAGCACAGUGCCUCAGUCCGCCAAGAGGAAGGCGCCGGACGCAGAGAGCCAAGAUGCCAAAAGAGCGAAGGCCUCCCUGGUGUCUCAAGUACAGCCCUCCACUUCCGCUUUGCCCACCAACUUUGACAAAGCCGGAAAGGAGUCCACUAGGGCGACCCUCAGUAAGGCUUCGGGACUCGGUUUACUCCCUGAUUAUGAAGAUGAGGAGGAGGAGGAGGAGAAAGAGGAGGGAGGAGGAGGAGAAGGGAAAAGAGGGGAUGUCUGUAAGCAUCCGGCCAACGCACAGGGCAAGGAACACUCACUUUCCUCCGCGCGGGAGGCAACCGGUAGUAGGCUGCCAAGCGAUUUCUCGGACACAAAUCCUCCCAAGGCCCCUUUAAUUCCUCAUUCAGGGUCAAUUGAGAAAGCAGAAAUACAUGAAAAAGUGGUGGAAAGGAGAGAAAACACCGCGGAAGCAUUACCGGAAGGGUUUUUUGACGACCCUGAGAUAGAUGCGAGGGUACGAAAGGUUGAUGCCCCAAAGGAUCAGAUGGACAAAGAAUGGGACGAAUUUCAAAAAGCCAUGAGACAGGUCAACACUAUUUCCGAAGCCAUAGUUGCCGAAGAGGAUGAGGAGGGACGCUUGGACCGGCAGAUUGGGGAGAUCGAUGAGCAGAUAGAGUGUUACCGUCGGGUGGAAAAGCUGCGGAAUCGCCAGGAUGAGAUAAAAAAUAAGCUUAAAGAGGUUCUGACCAUAAAAGAACUGCAGAAAAAGGAAGAGGAGAAUGUUGACAGCGAUGAUGAGGUAGAACUACAGGAUUUGUUGUCUCAGGAUUGGAGGGUGAAAGGAACUUUGUUAUAAGGUUUCUAAGACCCAAGAGUUCUACAUCCUCUACGACUGUAUAAAAAGUUCCACCUCUCAAUACGAUAUCGUUUACUCCAUGCCUAGAGAUUUGGUAACUUGACUGGGUUGUCGAGAUACAAUGAGCCUGUGAAGAUACCGCUUUGGAAAAUUGGUGUAAAAUAUUUUUGAGGUAAAGGUGUUUUUGAAGUUUUCGAAGUAUUACACUCAAAUGCCCACUUUUUCACACACUUAUAGAUCCAAAGUUUGGGUUGUAAAAGCUGUAAGCUGUAAAUAUUGUACAUAUUAAAUAUAUAUUUACUUAAAAAUUAUGUUUUGAAAGUUAUAAGUUAAUAGAAGUCAGACCAACCGACAAGCUUUUAGAUGAAAAUCAAGUGUGGCAUUUAGAAUGUAUAUGGCUUUUUCUUUUCUGACUCCUAAAUCAAACUCAAGAGGGUUGUCGCCGGGAGGGGGGUUGUUUUGUUGUUGUUUUUAAGAACACUACUCAUAUAAGUCAUUCAGGGCUAAUCAGAUCUCUGUUUCAAAACCGUGUUCCAGGAGAGUAUGGUGAAAAAUAUAUGCCAAGUAUGACCAACCUCCUUAAUCCAAAGUUUCUCUUGAUUAAACCAGUGAUUCUCGGAGGUGGGUGCACAGGAAGAUCUCAUACAAAGAUUUUUCAAAAGUGUAUGUGGAUCAUCUAGGAAGCUUUUUAAAAAAUUCAUGUGCUUGUGCCCUACCAUUGGAGAGAUUCAGUAAAUCUGGAGUGAGGCUCAGACACCUGUAUUAGUUUUGAUGGCUUCCCAGGUUAUUCUGUGGGAAUGCCCUGGUGGUUCAGUGGUUGGGACUCCGCGCUUCCACUGCAGGUGGCGCGGGUUCUACACCUGGUCGAACUAAGAUUCCCGCAAGCCGCGAGGCACGGCCAAAAAAAGAAAGCUUCCCAGGUUAUUCUAGUAAGGCCAAAAUUGGAGCACCACUGCCCUAAAUCCAGAACCUAUUUAUAAUUUUCCAGGCUUUGUUUUUUCUUUAAAUGACACAUUCCGUAAGUUUACUGUCUACUGCAUAAAAGAAAUGCUACCUUUUAUUUAUAUCCCAUCUAAUCUUAAAUUUUGUUACAUAUUAUAAAUUAGGGGUCAGAGUUAACAGGGUCUAUCAGUUGUAGGAAGGAGGUAUAAGUUGUUUCUCUAGCGGUAACAAUUAGCCUGUGCUGAUCAUCAAUAGUUUAAAUCAGUCCUUCUCCCUUUGGAGAUAGAGGUAUUCAAAUAGGAAAAAGGAAUUAGCAGUGUUCCAGGGAUAGAAAUGCAUACAGCACAUUCAAAUAAAAGUGAGUAGUAAUAAUAAUACCUAAGACUUUCUUAUAAGCCAGGCAGAGUUCUAAGUGUUUUACAUAAACUCAAUCUAGUUUCCCUAAAGCCCAGGUUUUAAGCCCGGGGAUAAGGUAUAAAAAAGCCUUGAGUGUUAAACAAAAGAAUUCUUCCUGUAGGCAAUGUGGGCAAAAUGGAAGUUUUUGAGCAGAGUCAUAUCUGCAAGAAAUAUUAUGGAAGAUUAUUUCAGUUGCAGUAUAUAGAACGGAAUGAACAUGGGUAGGGGGUAGGAAGCUGGGAGAAUACUUGGAAACUAGAUUUUAAAAGCAAGGCAACUAAGACUGUAAUUAGGUAUGUAUUGAAAGAAAAGUAAUAGUAUUGAAAGAAUUUCACAGGAAGGGCUAACAUUGACUAGAAGUGAAGAAAAACAGGAGAUAUAUAGAUGGAAUUCAGGGGUGUUGGGUUUUUCUAGUGUGGGUGCCUAAAAGAAGUUAUCUAACACUUAUGGAGCAUAUUAAUUGUCCUGCGGCCUUUGGCAGAAAGGCUUUGCUUUCCUGAGCUGUCCAGUGGAUCUGUGAUAGCAACUUCAGUUUGAUAAUAAUAAGUUUAUCAUCUUACUAUUUCAGGAUGUGAGAAAGUACAAGGGGGGUCUUGAAUGGUGUGCCAACUUCUACAUGGGCCUAAGAGGCUAGGCUAAUGAUCUAGAGGAGCACUGAAUAUUAAAAAUAUAAUUCAAGCCACAUACGUAUAUUAAAUUGUCUAGUAGCCACAUGAAAAAGUAAAAAGAAUGUGACAUUAGUUUUAUUUUAUUUAAUCCAAUAUAUCCAAAAUAUUCCAUUAAAUUUCAAUAUGUAAUCAAUAUUUAAGUAUUAUUAAUGAAAUAUUUUACAUUUUGGGGGUUCCUGUAGAAAUGUAUUUUGAAAUCUGGGUGUAUCUAAUACAUCUCAAUUUGGACUGGCCGUAUUUCAAGUACUCACUAGCCAUAUGUGACUAACGGCUACCAUAAAGGACAUCUCAGGUUUAAAGAGAAAGGUACUGGAACUUCCCUCAUGGUCCAGUGGUUAAGACUCAACGCUCCCAAUGCAGGGGGCAUGGGUUCGAUCCCUGGUCGAGGAACUAAAAUCCCACAUGCGGCACGACACAGCCAAAAAAAUAAAGAGAAAGGUAUCCAAGUGGAAAAAUACAUGAUCAGGAGAUAGUGAGCAGCCCAGUUUAACUGGAGCAGAGUGUUUAUUCCUGACAACGGUGGGAGUUAUCACUGAAAAGGUAGGUUACGAACCGUUGUGGAGGGCCUUGAAUGCCAUGCUCUAAGGAGUCGGAACUUUCACUGAGAGUUGAGUAUCCUUGAGGUUGUUGAGUCCUUUACUGUAACACAGUUAAAGGAUGAGCUUAAGGAAUGCCAGGCAUAUAAACCCCCAGUGGGUUUUUAGGAGGACCCAAAAGCUCUCAAAAUCUCCCAAUGCUCUGUAUCCCAGAGCAUGAGUGAUGGGUCCCUGAUCAAAAUCAAGUGAAUCCUUGUUGUAUCUGAGAUUGAUGUAGAUAGCUACACAGGCUGUUGAAUCCUUCUUGUUCCUCCAUGCCUUAGAGAGCUCCUUUGUACCUCUUAGAGCUGUGGGAAAUAGGUUUCGGCAUUAGACUGCAAGUACCACCAGUGUUUCCAAAUUGUAAGAAUUGGUCCCAGGGAUUUCUUCCUGUCACUUGUUCUGUUUUUAGAGAACCCCCCCCCCCCACAAUUCAGCCAACAUUUACAGGCAUACCUCAAAGAUAUUGCAGGUUCCAUUCCAGACCACCACAAUAAAGUGAAUAUUGCAAUAAAGCAAGCCACACAAAUUUUUUGGUUUCCCAGUGCAUAAAAAACUUAUGUUUACACUAUAUUUUAGUCUAUUAAGUGUGUAAUAGCAUUAUGUCUUGAAAAAAGUACAUACCUUAAUUUAAAAAUUCUUGUAUAGAAAAUGCUUACCAUCAUCUGAGCCUUCAGUGAUCAUAGUAGUAACAUCAAAGAUCACUGAUCAUAGAUGACCAUAACAAAUAUGAUAAUAGGGGGAAAGUUUGAAAUAUUGUGAGAAUUAUCAAAAUGUGACAGAGACACGAAGUGAGCAAAUGCUGUUGGAAAAAUGGCACCAAUAGAGUAGCUCAACACAGCGUUGCCACAAACCUUCAGUUUGUAAAAACAAAUGUAGCACUAUGAAGUGCAAUAAAAUGAGGUAUGCCUAUGUGUUAGAAUUAUUGUAAAUACUACAAAAAGUAAUUAUGUAAAUACUACCUCUCACCCAAAUACAGUUCCCCUAACUUGGAGGAAAAAAAAAAUUGCUGAUCUCAUAACUAGCCUUCAGAUGUUCAUUUGUCCAGUGCCUUACAAUUUACAAAAUGCUUUCACAUAGAUCUCAUUUAAUGAUGGAAGUAAUGACUACUUUUUACACACCAGGGAACAGAAUAAGAUGCUAUGGAAUUAAAAUUGCAGGGAAAAGAGUAUAACUUAGACUUAACACUUUUAAUGUAACACUCACUAGAUUAGUAUGGAGUAAUGGAAAGAACAAGGGAAUUGGCACGAGAAAAGACAGGUUCAAGUUCCCACUCUACUUUUUUUUUUAAUGAAGUAUAGUUGAUUUACAAUAUUGUGUUAAUUUCUGCUGUACAGCAAAGUGAUUCAGUUAUAUACUUUUUCAUAUUAUUUUCCAUUAUGGUUUAUCACAGGAUAUUUAAUAUAGUUCCCCCUACUCUACUUUUUAAUGUCUAGUGAUCUUGGGCAAGCCGCCUCUCUGAAACUUAAGUUUGCUCUACUAUAAAAUGAUGAUGAUACCCCACAGGGUGUAGUGAGAGUCUAAUAAUACAUGCAUGUGAAAGGGGUUUAUAAACUGAAGUUUAUAAAUAAAGCAAUAAAAGUGUUUCUGCUAGUGGAAUCUGGUCUAACUCUGCCCCAUGCUGCUACUAACUUGCUAGCUUGAUCUUAGGCUAAUAAUUUAAUGCCCCUUAAUUCCAUCUUUAGAAUGAGGGAAUUAGAGCAGAUGAUUUUUCUUUUUUUUUUUUUUGAGAUUUCUUUUAACUCCAAAUAAUUUUGCCAUGAGACAAGUGGCGUCUCACCUUUUAAAGAUUUUAAAAGUCAUUCAGUUGACUAUCUGGAGACAGAGAUGGCCAAAGUAUUGUUACUUUUACUUGCACGAUUUGCCCAGGAUAGUCCCAGUUGUCUUGGUUUAAUUAUGAAUGGUGUCCCGUUUCACUCUCAACACUGUUCCUUUUUGCAGAUACAUAUAUAGGUAUAUACUCACCUACCUAAAAGUUUGAUAUGAGGAAAAACCACUUCUAAUGAAUGGAAGGUCUUAAUGGAAAUAGUAUGUUUCCUGUUAAUGAUGCACCCAUUGGCUAGCUACUUGGCUGGAUGUUGUGUUAGGGGAUUUGAGUCAAUACAUAUGUGGGUAGGAAUUAUGGCCAGAUAGAUGACCUUAGGUUGG